AUGGGCUCGCCUAAUUUAAGCACCAAGGAAGACUUCGGCUCGAGCUUCUCAUUCGGCGGCCUCCCCUCGACACCGCAGCAUAUGAAUUGUAUUGUGGAAGAAGAUCAUGCGAAGGACGGAUUGGCAGAAGAAAUGGAGCGCGAGCCCUCGAAAACGCCACAACGGCCCCUCUCGUUCUACUCGAAUGCGGACGGUAACAAUUCUAGCAACAGCCUGAUUAUGAACCCCGCCUUUAGCUUCGGGGCGAGUGCAACGCAGGAAAACAAAAGGCACUCCAUGAAAUACGUCCCCACUCCGAAGCUCCCGCCUUCUUCUUCAUCGCGCACAAAGUCUCCAGCUAGGGGUAAUAGGUCUCCGUCUCCAGACCGGGGCAAACGCAGGGGCUCAUUGGUGCUCGACAAACCUUUCAAUUUUUCGUCCUCCACACUCCAGCCUCCCGCUUCCGCGGGGUCUGCAACGCGGGCUUCUUUCCGUAAAGGUCACAGGUACAAGCACUCCUCUGUGUCCAUGAACUUUUUCCAAGAGCCCGAAGUUCAGGUCCCUUUGAACAUUGCCAAGGCCAUGCCUAUUCCGGAUUUCGCAGACCUAAAGAGCAACAUUCCGUGGCCCCAUGGCUACGCGCAACUGGCAAUUGCAGCUCUCCAAAUCAUUGCAUGCCUUGUAACGUUUCGUCUAGGCCAUGUGAAAUCCUGGAACAACUUCAUAACAUUAUCACAUUUUGUUCUUUACGAUGUUAUAGGCUCGCUUGCCAUUAUCUUGGUGGAGAACCUUUCCCAGUUCCAGGUGUGGAACACCGGGACGAUAACAUUCCCAUUUGGCCUCAAUCGUAUGGAUGUUUUACUGAGUUUUGCACUGGCCAUCUCCCUUUGCUUUAUGGGGCUCGAUCUCUUCUUCCACAUAUUGGAGGAAACCAUUGUGCUUUUUGUUGAAUCGACUAAUGAUAGCAACCAGCACAAUGAUAUCGCCCCUAAAAUCCCACACUCGCAUCACUCCUCUGCGUUUCUGCAUACCGCGAGUGAGACGCAAAUUUGGUAUUGGACAUUGUUACCGAAUCUUGCGCUCUCUUUGCUGAGUCUUUUCAAAACAUAUCACUCUAACGCGCACACAAAAUUCAAAACAAAGAACCCUGUAAUCACCUGCACUUACAUUCUUUACCUUUCCCUCUACCCACUGAUACAGAAAGUGGUAAGCUCCUCUGAUUACAUUGCUACGAGUCUCCUGUCUAUUUUCAUUAUGUCUUAUGGCUGGACCAUUGCAAAAUGGACCUCGACAAUUCUACUUAUGGGAUUCUCAACGGCAUCCUUGAAUGGACUAAUACUGGAUGAUGAUCCGUCUCUUUCAGACGAUCGCCCAACAAAGGCUCUGUUAGUUAGGUCUAAAAGUACUUUGCCCAUCGCUGUUGCAAACAAUAACAGCAGUAAACCAAACAAGAACAAUUCCAAGAUAUGCGACUCAACACACGUUAAGAGUAAGAUUAUGGAAUCCGUACAGGAGUUACCCCUGUUCCGUGCAAACUGCAAGCUUGCUAAUGAGGAUCUCGUCAUUGUUAAAGUCAAUUUUGACCAGUAUAUUGUGCUAAUAAGAUUGCGCAUGGCUGGCGGCUCGAAUGAUGAUGAACUUAAUCUGCGGCUCGCAAUCGACAAAUGCAUAAGAAAAAUUCUUAAAACGGUGGACACUACUAUUGAUAUUGAUAGACUCUAA